GUAAAAGACCCGAACAAGCAGUUUAUUUAUUUCACAGUCUACAACAAAGAUAAUACUCUAGUAGAGUUGAAGCAAAAGUAAGCAAUCUCGAAACUUGAUGGUCGGAGUUGAAUAAUACUAUUACACCGAUCCACUUGCUUAAUAGAUUGCCACUUUGACUCAAACUCCCCUGAACCUCGACUUAAACCCCAGAUUUAUACUUACAUUUCUUACAUUCACAUGCUUAAUGUGAUUGAUUCUCCUACCCCUUUCUAACAAGUACUCAACACCCUUCACACACUUGCUUUUACUUUUUCAACUAGAUUUCUCAUGGACUCUUUGAUUUUCUCUUUUUCUCCGGCCACCAUCUCCGCCGUUGAUAGAUAUCCCCAGAUACCCUCAUGCAUAUUCCGGCCAAGUAUCGGUCGUCUCUCUCGCCGGAGAUUGUUGUUCUCUGAUUCUCGACGGUGUUAUGUGGCUCUUCCUUCGCUUGUGUCUGCCUCUACUAAUUCUCUCCCGCCAAAAGAUGGAAACUAUACCGUGGGUGAUUUUAUGACCAAGAAAGCGGAUUUACAUGUUGUCAAGCCCUCAACCAGUGUUGAGGAUGCACUUGAGACUCUUGUGGAGAAAAGAAUUACCGGGUUUCCUGUGGUUGACGAUGACUGGAAAUUGGUUGGGGUCGUAUCAGAUUAUGACUUGUUAGCACUUGAUUCUAUAUCAGGUGCAGGUCAUGCUGACACAAAUCUGUUUCCUGAUGUAGAUAGUACUUGGAAAUCAUUCAAUAAGAUUCAACAACUAUUAAGUAAGACUAAUGGAAAAGUUGUUGGUGAUUUGAUGACGACUGUUCCCCUCGCCGUUCGAGAAGCCACAAACCUGGAGGAUGCUGUCAGGUUAUUGCUUGAAACUAAGUACCGUCGAUUGCCAGUUGUAGAUGGUGAUGGCAAGCUGGUUGGAAUAAUUACAAGGGGUAAUAUAGUUAGAGCAGCAAUUCAGAUAAAAUUUGCUGGUGAGGCAAAGUCUGGCCUUCUGGGUUCCAAGACUGAGACGCAAUCUUCUUAAGGCAUGUCAAAGUUGCUGUCAAUUUUGCAGUAUAAUGUUCUUGCAUAUAAAUUUUACUCCCACGUGGAUUUCAUUCCAGCUUGUGCCUAUUAGUUCUGGUAAGUAGAGUAUUAUCCAUAUUAAUAUGAUAUUCAAGGAAAAAUUAUAGUUUAGUAGGGAGCAUAAUCAAUAUUUGUGGCUGCAUAUAUUGCUUGUUUCAUCGUGGCUUGUUGGUGACAGAUUCAAGUAAUCAUUUAUGUUUAAAAUAUUUUUUAAAAUGCAAGCUGUGUUUAAGCGGGCUAGGAUGCUGUGUUGUGCAAAAACGUUGUAAUUCAUUGAAUUUCUAGAGGCUCCCCAGACUAUGUUUUAUAAAGUUAGAUACAAUAUAUAUACAUGCCAAGUAAAUCUUCACUAUCAUGUAGUAACAAUUUUAUGCAACUGCAUUGUUUUUUCUA